CGCCCGCCUCACGUCGCCGGCUCCGGCUGCCAGUCAAAACAGCCGUUAGAGCUCCACCAAUCACCGGCCUUCCUCGUUCCCUUUUCUUUUCCCGUCGCGCGGCGCCUCUGGGAAUUGCAGUUUGAGAGCAGUUCCGGGCCAGGAGGCACCUUUGCUGCCCUCACAGACUUGGCCCCUAGCAGUGCAGAACUACAAGUCCCAGGGAACCUAGCGACCGUCCGUCCGUAGUCAAGUUGCCGGUGGAAUUGGCCCAGGAUGACAGCUGGAGAAUGGAGUCAGUUUUAUCCAAGUAUGAAAACCAGAUUACUAUUUUCACUGACUACCUAGAAGAAUAUCCAGAUACAGAUGAGCUGGUAUGGAUCUUAGGGAAGCAGCAUCUCCUUAAAACAGAAAAAUCUAAGCUGUUGUCUGAUAUAAGUGCUCGUCUAUGGUUUACAUACAGAAGGAAAUUUUCACCAAUUGGUGGAACGGGCCCUUCAUCAGAUGCUGGUUGGGGAUGUAUGCUACGCUGUGGACAGAUGAUGCUGGCUCAAGCCCUUAUCUGUAGACACUUGGGAAGGGACUGGAGCUGGGAGAAACAAAAAGAACAACCCAAAGAAUACCAACGCAUCCUACAGUGCUUCUUAGAUAGAAAAGAUUGUUGCUACUCUAUCCAUCAAAUGGCACAAAUGGGUGUAGGAGAAGGGAAAUCAAUUGGAGAAUGGUUUGGACCAAAUACAGUUGCACAGGUGUUAAAAAAACUUGCUUUAUUUGACGAAUGGAAUUCCUUGGCUGUUUAUGUUUCAAUGGAUAACACAGUGGUCAUUGAAGAUAUCAAAAAAAUGUGCCGUGUCCUUCCCUUGAGUGCUGACACAGCUGGUGACAGGCCUCCCGAUUCUUUGACUGCUUCAAACCUGAGUAAGGGCACCUCUGCCUACUGCUCAGCCUGGAAACCCCUGCUGCUCAUUGUGCCCCUUCGCCUGGGCAUAAACCAAAUCAAUCCUGUCUAUGUUGAUGCAUUCAAAGAGUGUUUUAAGAUGCCACAGUCUUUAGGGGCAUUAGGAGGAAAACCAAAUAACGCGUAUUAUUUCAUAGGAUUCUUAGGUGACGAGCUCAUCUUCUUGGACCCUCACACAACCCAGACCUUUGUCGACACUGAAGAGAAUGGAACGGUUAAUGACCAGACUUUCCAUUGCCUGCAGUCCCCACAGCGAAUGAACAUCCUGAACCUGGAUCCUUCAGUUGCAUUGGGAUUUUUCUGCAAAGAAGAAAAAGACUUUGAUAACUGGUGUAGCCUUGUUCAGAAGGAAAUUCUAAAGGAGAAUUUAAGGAUGUUUGAAUUAGUUCAGAAACAUCCAUCACACUGGCCUCCCUUUGUACCUCCAGCCAAGCCAGAAGUGACAACCACUGGGGCAGAAUUCAUUGACUCUACUGAGCAACUGGAGGAGUUUGAUCUGGAGGAAGAUUUUGAGAUUCUGAGUGUGUAGAAUCCUGGGAACUCAACUUGAAGGUCUGUCUUCCAUCUGGCACCAUAAAAACAUGAACUUAUUACAUAAAACUUUUCUAGUCAGCAAGUGCCUGAUAUGCCAAUAGCAUACAAACUCAAUAGCAAUCAUGACUGAGCCAAUCACCGUUUCUCAGAAAAACAAAACAAAACAAAUGACAGUAACCCUUCCCCAGAAAGAAAUAGAACAAUCAUGGAGCCUAGGAGCAGAGAGAUGAGGAGGAGUUCAUUGCUUCCCAGUUUGUCUUAUAUGGCUACAGCAAGUCUUCAGCUGCUGCAAUGAGGAAAUGGACAUCUGGAAGACAGACAGCAACUCUCAGCUUGCUUCAAGCACCAGCAGAUAAGAGAUGGUUAAGCUGUUCUUCACCCUUUCAGGUGUGACCUCUUUUGGACUAAAUACUAAGCAGCAAUCUGUUCUCUUGCUCAAAUAAUAAAGUGACUGAAUCAGGGAGGAAAAGGUUCUUGUUAAAUUAUUUGAUUGUGUAGUUGAAGUAAUUAUAAUUUAUAUCAAAAUGUUUGUCAAAGUAACGAUGUCAAAUAUACACUUCUUGAUCUCCCUUCUGUUUGCGGGAAUCUUACUAUUUGAUGGGUCACUGUCCCCAUUCUUACUGAUACUUUUGUCAGAUAUCACCCUGUCCUUAAAUCAUGAUCACUUAAAUCAGGGGUCAGCAAACUUUUUCUGUAAAGGGCCAGACGGUAAAUAUUUUGGGCUUUGCAGGCCAUGCGGCCUCUGUCACAUCUACUCAACUCUGCUGUUGACAUGCAAAAGCAGCAACAGACAAUAUGCAUGUAAAUGAGCAUGGCUGUACUCCAAGAAAACUUUAUUUACAAAAACAGGUGGAGGGCUGGGUUUGGCCUGCAGGCUGUAGCUUGCCAAUCAGUGACUUAAAUUGUUGAUUUUUGUUUGAUAAAUUAAAAAUAAAUUGUGUUUGAAGUAUACCC